ACGCAAUCCCGAGCGCGACAGGGGAAGUGCUCGGCCAGAGCCGCUCGGACACUUCAAAUCAUAUUUUACUACUUACAGCUGAUGAAGAGUCAACACAGAAAACACAUUUAGAGUGAUGGCGGCAGAGAGAGGAGGAGAUAUUGUCUCGGAGUUUCUCAGUCAGAAUCCCCAUCUUGCAAACUGGGUGGAAUCACUGAAAGCACACUGUGAGACGAACAAACAAUGGCAUGCUCGAAGAGAGUUUCUACUGCGCAAUAUUGAGGUCUUUCCCACAAUCCAACCUGGGACUCCAAGUCCUAGUUUGGACAGGCUGCUCUCUAUGUCCAUGGUUUGGGCCAACCAUGUGUUUCUGGGCUGUCGGUAUCCACAACCUGUAAUGGACAAAAUAAAGGAGAUGGCAGAAGGAAUCACUGUAAAAGACACCCCUGAGUGGAAGACUAGAGAUGAAAUCAUGGGAAAAGCAAAAAGACCUGCCAGCUCAGACACCAAACCUCAUGUGAGGAGUGUUGGGCAUCCAGUAAAAUCGGGUCCUCCACCAGGGGCUCUUGCAAAACAUCAGCCCUUUUUCAAUAGACUCUACAAGGCUGUUGCAUGGAAGCUUGUGUCUGCCGGCGGCUUCGGUCCCAACCUGGAACAUUUCGAGAUCCUGCGCAGUUGUGUGGAGUCAUGCAAGGCAAGUCUUAACUGUGUGUUUGUUCCACUCAAAGACAUUCCUGAUCUGCCUAUGGGACGUACCCAGAAAGAAGGGCAAGUAUGUGAACUGCGCUGCCAAACCGUCUACAUGGGUACGGGUUAUGGACGCGAUGAGUGCGCCGCCAGAGCGAUGGCAUCCAAGGAGGCGCUUAAAGUAUUUCAAGGACAUAAAGUGACAGUGAAAGUUUGUCGCCGUAGGUUCAGAGGACAAGACGUUGAAGAUUUGGUUCUGCUGGAUGAACAGCCCAGGAGUCAGGGUUUUCCACCAGCUCUGUGCUACCCUUUUCAGGAAGACCAGUAAAGGUCCAGAGUGGUCCAGGGUUACGAUACACAUUUGUUGAUUCAGUGGCAGCCUUGUUUAGUGGCGACAAGAUGUACUUCGCUGCCGUUCCUAAAAGUGUCAAUUGUUUUUGGUUGCCAGAUUUAGAUGCAGAUCAAUAAGGGUUGUUAUAAACUCAGUUAUAUCUAACCUCAAAAAGAGUUCAAAACUGUGGAACUCCUACGUGGAUUAAAUCAGCUGCUGAGCCUGUUUUAGUUAGUUCAAUUUAAAUAAGUUGAUUUAAAUUUGUUUUAUUUAUUGCUAAAAUAUUACAUCAAGAAUAAAUGGUUUUGCUGCUGGUGACAACAACAGUUGGAAUAUUUCAGUGUUCAACUGUAAAGAGUAAACAUGGAUUUUCUUUAUCAAAGCCAACGGCAUUUUAAUGUUCAGAUUUUGUGUAGUAUAAUUCUGAAGGACAAACGUAACCAAGUUUGUUUUCCUUGUUUCUAAAAUUUUUUGAGAGUUAAAUUGGAAUUCUAUGUACAAAUCAUACAAAUUAUAAAACUUUUCCUAUUAUCUCGAUAUCCAGAUUUUGUGUACGCUAGUUGUUUUGUUAGAUGUGACUGAUUUGACUUGCUUAUAUUGAGCGUGUGUAUUUACUGUCACAGUUGUGGACCUGUAGGCAGAUGUUGUCAAAUGAAAAAUAAACACUGACUGCCAUCAGUUUAAAAACAAUGUUAAAUGUAAAAGCAGAAAUAUUGAGAACCAGUGGAGUGUAAUUUUUUGGUUUAUUGUAUCACAGUACUUAUUGUAGUCCAUUUACUUACAUUGUGUUAUACUGCGUUAUACUCUGAAUUCAUAAGAGCACAUCAAAAUUUGAGAGAAAAAUACAUAUUGCUUUUUCUUACAUUUUACUAAUUUGACAAUAGUUGUAUUGUAGUUGCUUUAUGGAGGACUAAACCUGCAAAAAUUAUAAAUAAAUAAAUGUAU